AUUCCCUUGCUGCACCUUUUUCUUAUAACCACGGCAGACUUGACACCGUUCCUCUUUUCUUUAUACGAUUAUUUCCGCUUUAUUACUUAACCUAACCCGCUAAACUUUGUCACUGCUUUCUUACUUUCCCUUUGCUUUGCUUACCUCUUGUUCGUCCGUCUUAUAAUCAACGACCCCUGCUCAUUUGCAUCGUAUCCCACAUUUUUAUCCGCCGUUUCUGGAUCUUUGUCCACUUCCGAAUUAUUGGACCCUAACAACCGCACGGAUUCCUUCAAAAAUCAAUGUUAUCAAACAGAGCUCUCGCGUAUCAGGACCCGAAAACCAAGACAUCUAGCGACCAGAGAGGUUUUCAAAAUAGUCCUGAUCAUUCUCUUGAACAACGCGAUAUCGCAGAAGCCCCUUCUUCUUCUCUCAAGGCAUCCGGCUCAACAGCGUGUAGUCCUGCUGUGACAGAAUCUAUUGUCUCAAAACCGGUGCUCGCUACUCAGAACUCGUUCUUGACUACGACAUCGAGUGCAUCGUCCUUUCUGUCGUCAAAGCCUUUUACAACUUCAACGCCUUCUUCCGGCUCUUCUUCACCUUCACUCUCUGCACGCGCGUUCUCGACAGCAUCGACAAAGAACACGUCUUCGUUCCAAAAGGCCGACUCUGUUCCUGCGACUCUAAAUACAUCGAUAACGGCCGAUACCAUCAACAAGGCAGAGGUGCCAACGACAAGUUCAUACGGCUCAAAUAGUCCUAGAGAAACUGCUUUGACCAAAGACAAUAUCCCCACAAGUCCCACAGCUACACCUACCAAUUCUACUUCAAACCAGAACCGUGGGUACCUCUCCACCAUGUAUAGCAGCAAUAACGAUAACAACAGCAAUGGCGUCCUGCGCAGCCCUUCGGUCAGUAGCGCCAGUGGCAGCGGCAGCGGCAGUAAUGAUGCCUCAACUUCGAUUUCGUCUGCGACGACAAUCAUAACCAAUGUGGGUAGUAUGACUGGAGGACUUGGAGGUUCCUCAGGAGUGUCGGACGUCAAGCUAAAGAGGUUUUUGGAACACAAUCAGCGGCUCAAGGAACAGCUCGAGAUGCGCCGCAUCACCGUCUCGGAGGCGAGUCAAAGCUUGAUCAAGUUUGUUACGAGCACCAAGGACUCCUUGAUGCCGAAUCAGUGGGGAAACGCAUCUUCGGAUCCCUUUUUGAAACAGUCUUCUGGAUGCUGUACCGUUUCUUAAAUCGGGCGUCCGUUUAUUUUUCAUAGGUCCCCUUUAGUAUGCUACUGCUGCUGC